AUGUAUGCAAUAUUUGCUCGAUACGUAAGUAAAUCAAGUUUACGUCACCUAGUAACUAUAAUCAGAUCACAGGUGUUAUAAGAGAACAAACACGUGUCAAAGACCAUUGUUUAAGAAAGCAUUCGUCCUGGAUCGAGCAAACCGAAAAUUGCUUUAGACAAGCAAUAAGAAAAACCGUUCCGAAUACCAAUUAAAAAUAGGUAUACACGACCAGACACGUGUCGAAGUGUAAUACAAACUGCUGCUUUUCGUUUACUUAAUGCUACAAGGAGUAAAAAGAGACAUGUCCAUCUAUUUCAGAAAUUCAGUAUUUUUUGAAUGGUCAAGAGAAUUUUGGAUUUGCAGUUAUUUAUGCAAACACUCUCAGUUUUGAAAGUGGAUGGAUUAUGGACCUUGUAAAGAGAGUAACAGAGAGGUACUGCUUAUUAUAAUAUUUGUCCUGUUAUAUAAUUGAAAUUACAUGUUUCUAUCAUGUAUCAUGGUUCGACAAAGGCUACCAAAUAUUAAUGGUAUAAGAAGCGGUAGACAUUUCGUUGUGACUCUUGUUGCUGGUGUCGUUUUCGGAUUUCUCUCUGCGUGCCUUUUAAUAGCAACGACAAGAGAUGUGCCAUAUGUAUUUAAUUGGUUUUCUGGAGGAUCGAUUCUUUCUAGAGAUCCUCAUCAUUACUCGGAACUGGAAGCAGAAGCUGGACCACAAACGGAGGUAAAAUUUCAUGGCGAAGAUGAAGAUUUUCAUAAAGGUGAAGAUGAAGUUGCGCAAGACCUUGCAAGAAAAGUACGUGUUCUUUGCUGGGUUAUGACAGGUCCAAAGAAUCACCAAAGCAAAGCACAACACGUGAAAGCAACAUGGGGCAAACGAUGUAAUAUUCUUUUAUUUAUGAGUUCUGUAGAAGAUGACAAAUUACCUACAGUUGUUCUGCCAGUAAAAGAAGGAAGGGAGAAUCUGUGGGCUAAAACCAAAGAAGCAUUUAAAUAUGCCUAUGAAAAGUACAAAGACAAAGUUGAAUGGUUUAUGAAGGCUGAUGAUGAUACAUACGUGGUAGUUGAAAAUCUGCGGUAUAUGUUGUCGUCUUAUAAUCCAAGUUCGCCCCUGUACUUUGGCUGUCGAUUUAAGCCGUUCGUUAAGCAAGGAUACAUGAGCGGUGGUGCAGGAUAUGUUCUCAGCAAAGAAGGUUUACGUAAAUUCGUAGAGGAUGGUUUGCCCGAUAAAACCAAAUGUCGCGAGGACAACGGAGGCGCCGAAGACGUAGAAAUGGGAAAAUGUCUAGAAAAAGUCGGUGUGAAAGCGAUGGACACUAGGGAUUCACACGGCCGCGGUAGAUUCUUCCCGUUCGUCCCGGAACACCAUUUAAUACCUAACCACGUGGAUAAGAAUUUUUGGUACUGGAAGUACAUUUACUACGAUGUUAAAGAUGGUCUCAAUUGUUGUUCCGAUAGCGCGAUAUCGUUUCAUUACGUCUCACCUAAUAUGAUGUAUGUUCUUGAAUACUUAAUUUACCACUUAAGGCCGUACGGCAUUACACACGUUGUGGAGAAACUUACUGUUGAUCAGUCGAUCACUGUACCAACGGAAUACUAGUCUUUAGAAUGUUUUAAUCGAAACACUCUUUUGUGUUGAAAAAGAAUUUUUAAGUCCGAAACUUAGCACAAUUCUUUUGUGCUCAACCUCAUUAUCAAUUAUUUCAUAUUCUUUUAUUCAUGUACACAACGCUAGUCCAUUCAGGCCAACGAAUUUAAUAAUGAAUAUAUUCACUGAAAGAUGAAGUGUGUGAUAUCUAAUAUAAUUACAUAAUGUACAUAUACAGGGUGUCAAAAAAGUAUGAAGCCAGGAAAUACACAAUUUAAAAAAUC